UGCAUCAUCUAGCUUCUCUCUAGCCUCUAAGCUAUAAGCCUUAAGUUUCCCAAUCCAUAGACAGUCAAAUUCGAGAAUAAUUUUAAGGUUCUGUACAAUAUCAUUGAGCAGAUCAUCAUCAUCAUGUUUCCUUUACAGCGAGGCAAUGAGCUGGUGAUCCAAUUUUCCAUGAGUCCCGAUUCUCAGCACCAACAAAGUAAGAUCUCACAAGAUCCGAUUCUGGAUGAUAGAAAAAUAGCCAACACCUCAACAGGGAACAUACUUUCUCAAGUCACCAGCAAUAAGAAUAAUAACAAUCCUAACGGGUACAAGAAGAAAAAGAUGAUUCACAGAGAGAUUGAGAGGCAAAGGAGGCAAGAAAUGGCUUCUCUUUAUGCUUCUCUCAGAUCCCUUCUUCCUCUUGAGUACAUCAAGGGAAAGCGAUCGAUAUCAGAUCACAUGAAUGAGGCUGUGAGUUAUAUAAAGCAUCUACAGAAGAACAUUAAAGAACUUGGCGCCAAGAGAGAUGAAUUGAAGAGACAGUACUCAGAUAAUUCUUCUUCUAACUUGGAAACCCCUGAUGAGGGCCAACAGAAAUCGAUAAGCUUCACUGUUCAUGAGAAUAAUAAUGGUGCUGUGGGAAUCGAAAUUAUCAGGUACUUGGAAGAUGAAAGGUUCCUCCUUUCAAAGUUUCUGGAAUUAGUGCUUGAACAAGGACUUGAAGUUGUUACUUGUCUCUCUAGCCAAGUCAAUGGUAGAAUACUUCAUAGUGUCCACUGCGAGGUUAACAGUUCCAAUAGUGUAGAUCUACCUGAGCUGAGAAGGAAAAUUGCAAGUUUCUCUUCUUAGAUAUGUUCAGGUUAUGAUUGGAUGAGAGCUACAACUAUGGCAUUAGAUAGCUUUAUCCUUUUCGAACUGGAUGAUUAGCAAACUUUUCUUGGGUGAGUUUAUGUACAUAUUUUCCUCUCUCUCUCUCUCUCUCUGUGUGUGUGUGUGUGUGUGUGUGUGUGUGUGUGUGUGUGUUCCAUUUUCGUACCUUGCUUUGAUUAUUACAUAUAAUGAUGGAAGGAAGAAGAAUAUUGCAUUAGGAUAGAGAAACAUUUUAAUUUCUUUUUCCUUCCCAUCUUCAUGCUCUGAUAUAUCAAAACCGAUCAUCAUCUGUAUUUGCUCUGAGAAAUUUCCUGGUCUGCAAUACUACACAGUGGUUUGUAAAACUGAAGUAGCAAGUAGCUUCCUUAGGUUUUUAUUGGUUUCUUUAUAGGUAAAUGAUGAAUUUCUGAUAAUUGAUGUGAGCUAAAUCGUUGGGAAAACUUCUCUUUCUAUGACAGUGUUUUCUGUUUUUCUUCUCCUUGAAAAAUCUUACAUGCCAUAGCUCUUCUAUGACUUCCGUAUUGUUAAAUGUGAGAGUACAUACUCAGGCAUAACUCAAAAGUUAUCAAAUGGAUCUGUGGCUUAUGACUGAUCUGUAUUUUUUGCGUACUAGGAUUAGCUUAAUUGACUUUUGCUCAAUAUGCUAAUUAAACGAGCUAUAGAAUGGCAUGGAUAGUUGGUUUUUGCUAUA